AUGCGGAAGGAGCUGCAGUCAGCUUGGAGGCGCAGGGCCGCCGUGGCCACGCGCGAGACCAUGAGCACGGUGGCCCAGGUGGUCUCCGCUCAACUCGGGGUCGACAAAAGCAAGGUGACAGGUUGCUCGACGUUCUCGGCUCUCGGUGCCGACUCGCUGGACGUCGUGAGCACCGUGGUUGCUUUGGAGGAGCAGUUUGAGGUAGACUUGCCCGACGCGGUCGACAUCGAGUUGCCCGACAUGGGGACGGCGCGACUGAAGACGAUGCAGGACCUUGCUGAUCUGAUACAAAGCAGGUUCGACGCCGCAACGAAGACGCCGUCUCAUGCGGUGGCGAUGUCGUCGUGGUGA